AUGGCUACCAAAAGUUUUGCGCCGUGUCAUGCUAAAUAUAAUGGCGAACGUUGUUUUAAUAAGGUGGAGGAGUUUCUUACCAAAAUAACAGUUUUCAAGAAGGUGGAAAAAAUUUCCGACGAAGACGCCUUGGAAGGACUAUCCUUGGUACUCACAGAAAAGGCUGCUACUUGGUGGAUAGGUAUAAAACCGAGUGUAAAAAAAUGGAAUGCGGCAAUAGAAGCGAUCCGGUCAGCUUUCGCGCCACAAAAACGCCCGCAUGAUAUUUAUUUGGAAAUAUUUGCGAAAAAACAAACAAGUGAACCUAUUGAUGAAUUUGUUUGUAAAAAAAGAGCUUUAUUGGCGCAGUUACCUGCAAAGCGUCACAAAGAGGACGAACAAUUAGAUAUGAUCUAUGGGCUCUUGAAAAUACAGUACAAAAAGGACAUAGCCCGAGAAGACUUAAAAACAUUCGACGAACUUUUGCAACGUGGCCGUCACAUAGAAAAUCUUUUAAAAGAAGCUGCAGACGGUGGUAUUGAAGAAAGAAAAGCGUUAAGAUGUACAUUUUGUGGCAAGAGGGGACACGCAGUUGAAGUUUGUCGCAAAAGGCUUGCCGAAAUAAAAAAAGAAACUAUGGCAACCAACAACGUAACAUCUAAAGAUCUAAUUAAAUGUUACGGUUGUGGUGCACCUGGAGUAUAUAGAAGCAGGUGUGGGACGUAUAAAAAUAAAGAGUUGCCGCCGAAACCGGUUGCAUUUUAUACCAUGGAGACAACCAUGAAAAACCAAUCUAAAAUACCGACUAUAGAAAUAGUUGUCAACGGCGAAAAUGGAUACGCUCAUAUCGACACAGCUGCCAGAACUAGCAUUGCAGGUACACAGCUAUACAAAUCGUUGGUACGAAAAGGAACACAAUUUGCGGAAUGCACAGCAGAAAUAAUCUUGGCUGAUGGCAACAGAAAGACAUCCAAGCUCCUGACUGCCGAGGUAAACAUUUGUAUCGGGCAACGUAAUUUGCCGAUUUCGUUUACCGUAUUGCCCGAGGCGAAAGAUAACAGGACCCUUCUAGGUAUUGACUUUCUGGAAUCGUCGGGAAUAGUCUUAAACUUGCCUCAAAGAUGUUGGCAUUAUAUAGAUGAACCAGAAAGAGAACAUACAAUUUUGCAGUUGUGUAACCAAAAAAUCCCGCUUAAAGCCGCAAAGGCUAUAACUUUUGUAGGUGAGCCAAAGGAACCUCUAAAUGAUUUUCUGAGGUGGGCUAGAGAACUCACAAUGGUUUCACCGAUGGCCGAAACGCCAUCACCACAAAGGGACCAAGACACUCCGCCAGACGCAAAAAGACCACGCUGGACUUUACACAAACUUGACACACCACCGCGACCAGUACGUCCGCGAGAGCCCGCUGAUAAAUACUCUUCUAUUGAUCCACGCAUUAAUUAUGUUCCAAUAAAUCCUUGUACUUUGUAUUCUAUUGAUAUUUAUUUACAACCUCAUGAAGGUACCUUACUUACUGAACAUGAGCAACAAGUUUUCAAUGACUUGCUUACAGAAUAUAGUUCAAUUUUUAAUAAAAAUACAAAACCUACUUCAUUUGCUGUACAUAGAAUAGACACAGGCAAUCAUCCCCCAAUUAGUGUCAAACCAUAUAGACUUUCACUCACAAGGCAACAACAACUACGGGAGAAAAUAGAUGAAAUGCUUAAAGAUGACAUAAUUGAGGAAUCAGACUCCUCAUGGUCAGCACCUGUAAUACUUGUACCUAAAGGCGACAAUGAUAUCUGCUCAACCAUGGGAUCUGCUACAUCUACGACAGCUCUACAACUAGCCCAAAUACCUAUAGCUCUACUGACAUAUCUGGGACUCGAUGGAGUUUCAUGGCCAGAGCAAGCCGUUCUGAAAAAACCACCCAAAGGUGCUGCCGCUGUUAUAGCUUUAGCAGAGAAAGGCGCCGAUAUGAUUAAAAGUGAAAGCUAUUACUAA